AUGGUCUUACAGAUCUCGGGGAUUGGGCUACUCUUCAAUGAUGUCUACUCUGCUUCAAACUUUGCUGUGGAGGGGUUCUGUGAGAGUCUAGCAGUACAAGCCAUGAAGUUCAGUGUGAAGAUGACUCUAGUGGAGCCUGGUCCGGUGGGGACCGAAUUUAAGAGGAAGGUGUUUGAGGACGCUGAGAAGAUGGACCUCGCGGGGGCAGACGAGGAGACUGCUAGGAUCUUCCGUGAAAUCUACCUGCCCUACUCUAGGAAGGUGUUCAACUCUCUCGCACAGACACCCGAGGAAAUAGCAGAGCAAACACUUCAACUGAUGACAGCGAAGGAGCCUCCGUUUCGCCACCAGACCAACCGUGUGUACAUGCCCAUGACUGCCCUGAAGCACGCAGACCCUACCGGUCGUCUACCCCUGGACACCUUUUAUAAGCUGUUGUUCAAGCACGACAGUCUAUUCACUGCCAGUCUGGGGCUGCUGCGCAUGUUGCAGAAGAGGACGGGGAAGAGCUCCAAUUGA